AUGUCUAAGAAACCACGAGGGAAUAUCCAUAAAAUUCGACAAUUUGAAUUGGAAAAGAUACAUUUGGUCGAUGAAUUUGAUAUACUGCAAAUUGUCGGCGAAGGAUGGUUUGGCAAAAUUCUCUUGGUCGAACAUCGAGCAUCCCAUACAGAAAUGGUACUAAAAGCGGUGCCCAAACCCUAUGUCUCACUAAAUGAUUUCUAUCGGGAAUUUCAUUAUGGUCUACAUUUGGGUAUACAUCGAAAUAUUGUGACCACCUAUGAUGUGGCCUUCGAGACGGCUGGAUUUUAUGUAUUCACACAGGAGUAUGCUCCGUUGGGUGAUCUAACCUCAAACGUUACCGAUACCGGGGUUGGUGAGGUCUACAGCAAACGUGUGGCCAAACAAAUUGGUUCCGCCUUAGAUUAUAUGCAUUCAAAAGACAUUGUUCACCGUGAUGUAAAAUUAGAUAAUGUUCUAAUAUACCGUUCCGAUUUUACCCGUGUAAAGCUGUGUGAUUUUGGUGAAUCAUUUCAAACAGGCACCCUUGUCGAAAGACGCAACGAAUGGCUGCCAUACAGUCCACCCGAAGUAUUAGAAAUUAAGCCCGAGGGAACAUAUAAAGCUGAUCCCAGUCAUGAUGUUUGGCAAUUUGGCAUUGUGAUAUUCGUCUGCCUUACGGGUUGCCUGCCGUGGCAAAAGGCUGCCUCGGAUGAUCCCCGAUAUAUGCGCUAUUUGAUAUGGCAAAAUAGUAUGAUGUUGGCCAUGCGGAGGACACCAAAGCUUUUCAAAUUACUAACAUCACGAGCUCAGCGUAUGUUUAAGAGAUUUCUAGAGCCUAGGGCAGAUCGAAGGCCGAAAACCCUUACGGAUUUAACAAAAUUCUUAGAUGAUCGUUGGUUGGCAAAAACGGCUGAGAAAGAAAUGGCGGAAUAUGAAACGGAUGAAUUGUGUCCAUCAAUGUAUUCCUUUCACAGCAGUCCCGAUGAGAAGAAUCGUUUGCUUUUUAAUUUGGCCGAUUGUGGUAUCGAGACAAAUGUCGAUAGGCAUAUAAAGAAGAUAAGAAUCAAGGAAUGGAUAGAGUCUUCGGUUAUCACAGAAGAGGAUGAGGAGGAACUGGAAGAAACCAAUUCAGCAUCAUCGCCCUCCUCAUCGGUUUCCCGAGAACCGGUACGUGGUCACAUUUCCUCGCUGCGUUCUUCCUCCACCGAACAGCCAAAGGAAAUUAAGACAACCCUUAAGGAUGCCAAUCAAAAACAUUUUGAUCCUCGUACUGGGGCCGUCCAAGUGGGUCCCAGUGAAAUGGGCACCGCUCAAUUUAAUCAACAGCAAAAAUCUGAUAGUCCCUCUUCGAUGGCUAGCAACCUUUCGACCAUGAUGAAUAAUGACAGUUUGGCCGGUAGUUUGGUAACUCUCGGCUCCAGAGCCGAUUUAAUUUCCAGCAGUAUGGAAAUUUACAAUUCCACCAAUACCGAUCUGAAUCGUUUGGUAGAUCUUAGUCAGAGUUAUGAUCAGUUAAGUGAUGCCAAUGAAAAUUAUACCACAAAUUUUGCACCAACAUCGCCGAAUAAGAAUUCAAUUGGUGUUGGAACCUCCAAACCAAUGGGUGGUAAUAAAAGUAUUUUACAACGUUCCAAAUCGGAUUCGCUGAAGAAUGCUCUAUUUGCCAGUACUCCGGCAUUGGAUAGUAGCAGCAACAACAACAAGAACAACAGCAACAAACAAUGGCAAGCGGUGCAGCCGUUGCAGCCCCAAAAUAAUAUCAACAACAAAUCGGUAACAUUUUCCGGUUUGGCCAAUUCAUUGCAGACCAUGGCUCCGCUACUUAUGCCCGGUAUGGGAGGCGGCAACAAUAAUGCCAAACAACAACAGCAGCAGCAACAGAACUCAAAUCCAUUACAACAAAAAUCCGAACAAAACCAAAAUAUAUUCUAUGACUCUCACGUCAAAGAUAGUGCCUAUGGGUCAACAGAAAUCCAUGAAUCCCAAUGGAAUAACUCCACCACCACCAAUGGUAAAAUUCAACCUUCAAUGAAUGGCAACAAGUUGCAAAAUGGCACCACAUAUUCCCCACAAAUCAUCAACAAUCCCAUAUCGACGGUACGCACACAAAAUUCCCAAGGUCAAAGGACCUAUACCGGAGCCAUGACAACAACGGCAUUGAACAGCAUGAAAGACACCGCAUACGAUCGCAUCAAUCCGAAUAAUUUCAAGAAGAGAAGAUGA